GCAAGCAAGCAAGCAAGCAAGCACGCUGCUGACUGAAGACGCCGUGCAAAGCGUUGGUUUUCUUUUUCUUUUUUUUUAAACCGCCAAAAUUGCACCCGAACGAUGACACUGAUCCACGCGGGGCACGAGCACGACAUUAUUUGACAACCUGCGACCCGCACAGAUCCUCUUCUUCUCCGCUCCUUGUGCCCCACGCCGACGUUCCUGCCCCCCGACCCCCACCCCGCCGGUCCUCUCGACCAUGAUGCUGAGCAGCUCCGCGGAGGUGCCCAGCCCGGGCGGGCUGAGCAGCCUCAGCGGGCUGAGCGAAGCGGCUCGAAACGUGGUCCGGUCCUCCAGCAUCUCGGGCGCCAUGUACAACUUGGAGAAGAGUCCCGGGGGCGGGGGCCCCGAGACGGCGUCGCUGGCCGGCAACAAGAAGCGGCGCUCCAGCCUGGGAGCCAAGAUGGUGGCGAUUGUGGGCUUGUCGCAGUGGAGCAAGAGCACGCAGCAGCUCAACCAGCACGACGGCGGGACCAAGAAGCUUCGCAGCACAAUCCGACGGAGCACGGAGACCGGGAUCGCCGUGGAGAUGAGAAACCGGGUGACGCGGCAGGGCAGCAAGGACUCCACCGACGGCAGCACCAACUCCAACAGCUCCGACGGAACAUUCGUCUUCCCUACCACUCGCCUCGGGCCUGAGAGCCAGUUCAGCGACUUUCUAGAUGGACUCGGCCCAGCGCAGAUCGUAGGGCGGCAAACAUUAGCGACGCCGCCGAUGGGGGACGUCCACGUUGGUAUGGUGGACAGAGGAGGUCAGCUGGAGGUGGAGGUCAACCAGGCCAGAGGCUUGAUACCCAAACCGGGCUCCAAGAAUGUUCCAGCAACUUACGUGAAGGUGUACGUCCUUGAGAACGGAGUGUGCUUGGCCAAGAAGAAAACCAAAGUCGUGAAGAAGAAUCUCGACCCCAGCUACCAGCAGCCUCUGUUGUUCGACGAGAGUCCUCAGGGAAAAGUCCUCCAGGUUAUUGUGUGGGGAGAUUACGGGCGUAUGGACCACAAGUGCUUCAUGGGAAUGGCCCAGAUCCUGUUGGAGGAUUUGGACCUCUCGGCGACAGUCGGCGGCUGGUACAAGCUGUUCCCUACCUCCUCUCUGGCAGACCCCAGCAUCGGACCCCUCACCCGACGCCUCUCGCAGUCCUCCCUGGAGAGCGCCACCAGCCCGUCGUGCACCUAAGGCUCCGUCACGCGCACCCCAGUACUGUACAUACCACUCAAGACAAAAUCCUGAAACGCAAGAGCCUGCGUACGGCAACAUCCCUCUCGUUUGUACGCUCACCCGGCCAUUUUUUUCCCCUCACAAAUCCACCAAAACGUAGCAUUUGUCCUCCUCCGUUCUCGACCGCGACGCAUUUGGUUCACCGAGUGCCAUAAACUGCAUUCCGAGGUUCCGCGAUGCCAUCCCCGGGGGCCAUAUUGACGACACUUUCUAAACUCUCUAUGCCAAACUUAAGGGGGUGGGGGUGGGGAGAACUACAACAAAACAAAACGUUAUUUAAAAAAAAAAAACCAAAGCAAUUGUUAUUGUUGUAGUUGUAGAUGAAGUCGUAGAUCAAUAUUAAUUCUGGAUAUGUAGCAGAGCCAAUGACAUAGAAGUUGCGACGCAGCUUAUUCACAUAAGGGAACAUAUGUGAGGUAGCAACACUGCUAUUGUACAGGGCAGGGCUGAGUUUAUACAUAGAUAUGCAUACACACAUACAUAUAUAUAGUUCAAUAUUAAUUUGUGUUCUCGUCUGUAUCUGCCGCAGUUUGCAUGUUUGCUCGCAACCUUUGUAACGACCUUUUGAAAGUGCUCCAGACUUUUGCAUUUCACCUUUGAGCGAGGAACGAGGGCGUGGAGACAGUGUUUCCCAACCUUUGAUGAAUGAAAAUGUAAUAUUUGUGGUUAAACAAAAAAUAAAAAAUUAGGACCAAUUAGGCGGAAAUUGACGGCUCAAUGGUUGGGAAUCACUAAUUGACGAAAUGAUGGAUAAAAUAUGAUGAUGUAGUAAUACAAGAUAAUGCCUUGAUUUUUCAACCGCAGGGCACUGAGCAUUCGGAGAGAUUUGAGCGGCUUAAUUCCAUUUUUUACAUUUUUUUUUUGUUGGGGUGGGUGGGGGGACUUCCCAUGUUCAAUGGAACUAUCCUUUUUCUUUUGCUAUUUUGAGAAGCUUUUCUUUAAAUAUGAUUGAAAAGGAAAUACGACGGUGACCAUCCGCCGUGGUGGUCUGACGCCGUGUGACACCGACAACAUUUAUUAAUAUUAAUAUUAUUUUUUACAUUGGUGUUGCACUGCAAAUAUUUCCCCAGACAGCACUUUAUAGCUAAAUGAUACUGUCUCACAAUUAACACAGUAUUUCAUGUAAUAUUGUGAUUUUUUUUUAACUUAAUGGCAGCAUGGAAAUAUAACAGCAUGGUUUUUUUUCUUUCUGUUUAUUUAUUGAUUUUUUUGGGGGGGGGGGGUUGCAGGGGAGCUUUUCAGAAUUUUCUUUUUAAAGUAUUUUUUUCACUCCUACAAGAACAAAAGAAACAGAUCCAUUUUACUCGUAGCACUUUCUGUUAUUGAUCUGACGCUUGCAUCUCCGUAUGAGAAAAAUGAAUUCAUCAUAAAAGUUGUAGCAGAAAGUUCAAUGCACUGAACCUCAAGCAAGUAAUUGGCAUUAAAUGUUUUUUUUAUGUAUUUAUUUAAUACCACUUUUUAUUCCACUUCUACGAGUGUUGGGACCAGCACCAAACGUUCCACUAUUUAAAUGCAUGUUUUUUUAAUUUUUAUUUUUUACAAAGGUACAUUCCGUUAAUCAGCACUUAAACAGCACUCACAUUUGUACUUUUGUCCUCAAAGCACCCACGAAACCAACAGAAUUUCCGUCUCUGGAUUUGAAAAAUAUGUACUGUAUGUUCCGAUUUUCUUGACAUGAUCUAUGAUAUUGUAGGGUAGUCUAUAUUGUAUAAAAAAACUUAUCAUUUGUGUCUUUUUGUGAACAACUGGCAUGAUGAUGUAAAAUGAGUAUUUGCACACGAUCUCUUCAGUGCACUUUUGUUUUUGGGCGAUUCCUAGGAAAUCGUCUUUGACGGGGGAGGAGGAAUCCCGUCUUGUUAAAGAAUCCCUUAACCCCCCCCCCCCAAAAAAAAAAAAAAAACUUUGUAUAACUUCCAUGUUCAGUACUGAAUGUUUAACUCCUUGGCAAAAAAAAAAAAAAAAAAAACAGAAAAGAAUAUUUGCUAUGUAAAUUCCAACGUUUUUGGCGCUUGUACGGAACUGUUUGUUCAACUUUUGCUGUGGCGUAUCGUGGUUCUGAAAGCGGAACGUUACCCUUGAAGGAAUGUUCUUUCUUGACGCGCGUCCGAACCCUUUGGGUCCCGCAACCAAAAGCAAAGUGAAAUAUUGCCUUUCUUUCACGUCAGGUGUGAUUGUGCCCAUUUACGGAGUUGCGUUAUGAGUGGGAGGGACUGUUGGGAUGAGGACUUUGAACAAUAUUGGGUAAUUGUAAAAAAAAAAAAAUCUAUAUAUCUGUCUGUAGACAUAUAUUGUGCUUUAAAUGAUGCAGGAUUUGGGAUAUAAACUUAAAGUCCCUGUAAAGUGAAAACAAAUGUCUUCUGAAGAAUGUCAUUAACAAAACCGUAAUUCCCGGCCGACCAGCCGCGACUUUUUUCACGGCCGCCGCGCUAGUUAGCGUUCGCGCCGCCGUGCUAGCGUUAGCAACACCGUGUUAGCAUUAGCGCGGCCGUGCUAGCGUUAAACUCUUUCUGUGCACCGAGGCUUAUCACCACGUGCACUCUCUGUACGCUGGGAAUUACGGUAUACAUACCAAAAAAAAAAAAAGGCUUCAAAAUUGUAAGAAAUCAAAGCUGGUCUCUUGACUCUUGAACAUUACGGGGGUGUGUCCUGAAUGCGCUUAAACCACUCAACUGUCAAUGAAACUACUUUGACCUGGAAAAAAUGGAUGCUAGCAUAUUUCUUAUGCUUCCAAAUAACUGCAUGUGCGAGUUGGAAAAUUAUAUCUGCUUGAAGCUUCGAGUGGCUGGAAUAAAUUUGCACUUGCCAUGACAAUGAGGCGCUCUAAAGCGGCCAUGCCAGCGCAAAGCCCCGAUCCAGCCCCAGUCACGUCGGAGAAUAUUUUUUCCCCCUUUGCCCUUCUAUCUUUUUCAACAUGCGCACACUUGUAGUGAACAACAAGGCAAAAUGCUUCACUUGGCGCCAUUUUAAAAAGUUAUGAAAUUUAACGAUACUUCUCCACGACAGACUUUGCACGUUUUCAGCAGUUAUCAUCAAACAUGUUUAACGUACUGUAUCCGAAUUCACUUUACAGGUUCUUUACACUUCUCGCACUAGCAUCGCGUUCCUUGCCGUUUGCCCACUUUAAAGUGGCUUUUAAAGAACAAACUAUUACAGAUUUAUGAAGAUAAAAGUAGACGUGGGAAGGCUCCCAAGAAGCAGGGUCGACGGUGGCAGAGUUUCGUCAGGUUCUGGUGACUUUUUGAAUGUGAGGGUGCUGAAACGGGUCUUUUGUAGACAUGCCGGGAGUGUUUUUUUAUUUAUUUUUUUUGUAUUUUUACUUUUGAGCGGGGAUGCUACGUUGCACGCGCCACCUCAAUCUUUCCAGACUCGACACAGAGAUUUACGGUUGAGGCCAAUGCAGACGACGAGAUUUGAAUAUCCACGUCUCGCGUUCUUCAACCCGAUUUGACUUAUUUAUGUGCAAAAAAAAAAAAAAAAAGGACAGAAUUAUUAGUCAACCUUUUGAAAAUGUUAUUUUUAUAACUAGAGAGGAACUAUAGAGAGGAGGGAGCAUGCGUGGGCGAAGCUGCCUUGCGACGAUGAGGGCUUGUUCAGUUUACAAUGGCCUUACUUUACUCUACUUCUUAUUACAUAUUAUUAAUGUGGAGAUUCCUCCUUCACUAUUGUACUACAUGUUUGAAAGUUUGGACGGUUGCAUUCUGCUUGAAAUAUUGUUACCGGAGUUCUACAUACAGUAUAUAUGGAAUAUAUGUGCAUAGUUUUCUGAAUGUAUUUCUUAACCCUUUCACCAAAUUUUUUUUUCCUGUCGUUUACUUUGCGGUAAUGUCUGGCCCUGAUACGGGAAAACUUGUAUUCUACGGUAUUGUUUGUAUAUUCCCCUGAAAGAAAGCGCCUCGCCGGCUGAAAGAAGCAUGUGCAAGCUUUUUGAUUUAUCGGAAUUAUUGCCUUCUUGGACUGUUUAAUUUCUCAACCGCAAUGAUCAAAUUGCUUUGACUUGUGAUAUUCUGUACCGCAUGGUGAUACGGACUUUUUGUUUUUGUUUUUUGGGAUGCUGUGGAGUUAUUAUUGUUACCGUGAUUCCCGGCCUACAGAGCGCACCUGGUUAUAAGCCUCAUUCAGUACAUUUUAAAGGAAAUACCAUUUGGCACAUAUAGCUGUGUAAAAGCCGCAAGUGCCCACAUUGAAACACAACAUAUUUACAAAGAAAAACGGUACACAAAGAGUUUAAUGCAAGUCGCGCUAAUGCUAACACUAACACUUGCUAACAAGGCCGGUUGGAAAAAAAAAACAUACCGGUAAAAAUCACUGAGACACGACAGUAACAUGCUAACGCAGCGCUAACAGGGCCAGAUCGGUAAAAGUCACAUCUUCGGCACAUAUAUUCCACCGGUCUCACUCUUACCUUUUCAGCUCGAGUGCUCCUGUGCGGCCCUUAGAAAAAAUGCACAAAUUAGCUCCAUCACCGCAUAAACUGCAGGGUUGAAAGCAUGUGAAAAAAGUUGCGGUUUAUAGGCCAGAAAUUACAGUAAUAAACU